ACUACUUCAGUUCAGUUGGACCGCAGCCGAAGCAGGAGCGCAGAAAGCUGGAGGAGAAGCUGGACAGAGCGCGGCCACAGGCGGUAACACACCCAGUGUCACCGAGAAACACACAAAGAUGAUGUUGCAACUCGCUGCCCUUUUAUACCUGGUAGUUUUUUCUCUGGCUGAUCUACCUGAGCGUGGAGAUGUUUGUACAGAGGGCAGCUGUUACCCUGCUACAGGAGACCUGUUGAUCGGUCGAGCCCACCAGCUCUCAGCCUCCUCCACCUGCGGCCUGCAAAAACCUGAGCCUUUCUGCAUAGUCAGUCAUUUGCAGGAAGAGAAGAAAUGCUUUGUGUGCGAUUCUAAGGACUCCUACGAUGAAACAGUGCAUGCAACCAGCCACAGAGUCGAAAAUGUGGUGACAACAUUUGCUCCUAACCGACUCAAGACUUGGUGGCAGUCAGAAAAUGGCAUGGAGAAUGUAACCAUCCAGCUGAACCUGGAGGCUGAGUUCCACUUCACCCAUCUCAUCAUGACCUUCAAGACAUUCCGUCCAGCUGCCAUGGUGAUCGAACGCUCAAGUGACUUUGGGAAGACAUGGCAGGUGUACCGGUACUUUGCCUAUGACUGUGAGUCGUCCUUUCCUGCUGUCUCUCAGGGCCCCAUGAAGAAGGUGGAUGACGUCAUCUGUGACUCUCGCUAUUCUGACAUUGAGCCGUCCACUGAGGGCGAGGUCAUCUUCCGUGUAUUGGAUCCAGCAUUCAAAAUCGAUGACCCUUACAGCCCCAGGAUCCAAAAUAUGCUGAAGAUCACGAAUCUGAGAGUGAAGUUCACUAAGCUCCACACACUAGGGGAUAAUCUGCUGGACUCACGUAUUGAAAUCAAGGAGAAGUACUACUAUGCAAUCUAUGACAUGGUGGUAAGAGGCAACUGCUUCUGCUAUGGCCAUGCUUCUGAGUGUGCCCCCAUCGAUGGAGCAGGCGAUGUGGUGGAUGGAAUGGUUCAUGGCCACUGUAUGUGUAAUCACAACACUGUAGGUCUAAACUGUGAGCGCUGUCAGGACUUCUAUCAUGACCUACCCUGGAGACCUGCAGAGGGACGCAACACCAAUGCCUGUAAAAAGUGCAGCUGUAAUCAGCACAGUGACUCCUGCCACUUCGACAUGGCCGUGUAUCAGGCCUCGGGUAACGUCAGUGGAGGAGUCUGCGAUGACUGUCUACAUAAUACAAUGGGUCACAACUGUGAGCAGUGCAAGCCCUUCUUCUACCAGCAUCACGAAAGGGACAUCCGUGACCCAAACAUCUGCGAGUCCUGUAACUGUGAUCCAGUUGGUUCUCUGAAUGGAGGAAUCUGUGAUGCGCUGACAGAUGUCUCUCUCGGAAUGAUCGCGGGUCAGUGCCGUUGUAAGCUCAAUGUGGAGGGGGAGCGCUGUGACCAGUGCAGACAAGGCCAUUAUGGCCUCAGUGAUGACCCGCUGGGAUGUAAAUCAUGUACCUGUAGCGUUCUGGGGACACUUCCUGGUGGAAGCCCUUGUGACACAACCUCAGGAAACUGUUUCUGUAAACGCUUGGUCACAGGGAGAAAUUGUGACCAGUGCUUGCCUCAGCACUGGGGGCUCAGCAAUGACAUGGACGGCUGCAGGCCAUGUGACUGCGACAUUGGAGGAGCUCUCAAUAACAAUUGUUCUCCAGAGACUGGCCAGUGUCAGUGUCGGGAACAUAUGUUUGGAAGGCAGUGUGACCAGGUGGAGUCUGGCUUUUACUUCAUUGCUCUGGACCACUACGUUUAUGAGGCAGAGAAUGCUAAGUUUGGACCUGGAGUGACUGUUGUCCAGAGGCCAUUUCCUCAGGAUCGCACUCCAACCUGGACUGGCAUUGGCUUUGUGAAUGUCCCAGAAGGAGCUUAUCUGGAGUUCAGCAUUGACAAUAUCCCGUUCUCUAUGGAGUAUGACAUCCUCAUUCGCUACGAACCUCAGCUUCCCGAACAGUGGGAGGAAGUACUGAUGACUGUCAUCAGGCCUCAUGUCAUCACCACUGACAGCCGCUGUGCCAACACUAUGCCAGACGAUGACAACCAGAUGGUGUCCCUCCAUCCUGGUUCCAGAUAUGUAGUGCUGCCCAGGCCGGUGUGUUUUGAAGAGGGGCUGAACUACACUGUCCGCUUAAGUCUUCCUCGCUACUCAACUAGCAGUGACAUCCAGUCCCCCUACACACUUAUUGACUCGAUUGUACUGAUGCCACACUGUAAGAAUCUGGAGAUUUUCUCUGGCUCCGGGUCAGAGGGAGGUGAUCAGGAGACCAACAGUGCAUGGGACACCUUCCAGCGCUACCGCUGCCUGGAGAACAGCCAGAGUGUGGUGAAGACCCCCAUGCCUGACAUCUGCAAGAACUACAUCUUUAGUGUGUCUGCUCUACUGCAUCAAGGAGCUAAAGCCUGUGAGUGUGACCCUCAGGGUUCUCUCAGUACAGUUUGUGACCCAAAUGGUGGGCAGUGUCAGUGUCGUCCCAAUGUGGUGGGCAGGAACUGUGACAUGUGUGCCCCUGCCACCUUCCUUUUUGGACCUCAAGGAUGUAGACCUUGUGAUUGCGAUCCUCAGGGCUCAGUACAUGCAUUCUGCCAUGAAGCCACCGGUCAGUGUGAAUGUGUUCGUGGAGCAUAUGGACGUCAGUGUGACCGCUGUCUCCCUGGACACUGGGGGUUCCCUAACUGCCGACCCUGUACUUGUAACGGCCAUGCAGAACAGUGUGACCCCCACACUGGCCAGUGCUUGAAUUGCAAAGACCAUACCACUGGGCACAACUGUGAGAGAUGUUUGAAUGGUUAUUAUGGUGACCCUGUGCUGGGCUCCGGAGACCACUGCCGCCCCUGCAUGUGUCCAGAUGGCCCAAGCAGCAGCAGGCAGUUUGCAGGGACAUGCUAUAAGAACCAUGACUCACUCCAGGUGUUCUGUGUCUGCCACCAGGGCUAUAAAGGUGCCAGGUGUGAUGAGUGCGCACCUGGUUACUAUGGCAACCCUCACGAGGCAGGCGGAGAAUGCCGUCCAUGUCAGUGCAAUAACAACAUUGACAUGGUGGACCCAGGAUCCUGUGAUGCCCACACUGGCACCUGCCUCAAAUGCCUAUACCACACCGAGGGCGAGAGCUGCGAUCGCUGCAAGUUGGGUUACUAUGGCAACGCCCUUACCCAGGACUGCAGGCGAUGUGUGUGUAACCACAUGGGCACCAGGCAGGAGACCUGCCCCUCCGUAGGCGAAUGCCACUGUGACCUGAACAAAGGGCAGUGUCAGUGCCUGCCAAACGUGGUGGGACAGCACUGUGACCUGUGUGCUCCAGAUACAUGGAACAUGGCCAGUGGCCAAGGUUGUGAGGAUUGUGACUGUGACCUCAAGCACUCCUUCAGUUCUUCCUGCAAUGAGAUAAGUGGCCAAUGCUCAUGUAAGCCUGGUUUUGGAGGGAGAACAUGCAGUGAAUGCAGAGAGCUGUUUUGGGGUAACCCUGAGAUCAAGUGUCAUGCAUGUGACUGUGACCCCAGAGGAAUUGCUGAGCAGCAGUGUAACAAAGUCACAGGUCACUGCGCGUGUGUGGAGGGCGUGUCCGGACCCCGCUGCGAUACUUGUGCUCGGGGUUACUUUGGUGAGUUCCCACACUGUGAACGCUGCCACCAAUGCUUCAGCGAAUGGGAUGUGAUUGUAGGAGAGCUCACAAACCAGACUCACAGACUGAUGCAGAAAGUCAACACCAUUAAAUCCAGUGGCAUCACUGGACCCUACCAGGAUACCAUCAACAAUGUGGAGAGGAGUGCUAACUCCAUCCGUGACAUUCUGGCCCAGAACCCUGCAACUCAGCCACUCACUGAGAUCCAGGCCCUGCUGGAGCAAGCAACAAUCUUGAUGGCAGAAAUGAAUGAGAAGCUGAACCAGACAGAGGAGUUCAUGUCUCAAAUCUCAGCUGAUAAUAACAGUACAGACACCAAGCUAAAAGCAUUCAGUGAAGAAGCUCAGAAACUACAUCACACUGUCAAAGAGCUGCAAGACCAAGUUGAGUUUAUGAAGAACUCAGAUGUGAGAGGAGCAUCAGACAGCAUCAAGAGGUACUUUCUGCAGUCUAAAGCAGCAGAGGCACGUGUGAAUGCCUCUACCACUGACCCAGACAGCCUGGUGGAGCAGUCUGCCCUAGUGCGCAGAGAAACAGAAGACAUGAUGAACGAGACUAAAGAAGAAUUCCACAAGAAGCAAGAUGAGCAUGCCAAGGCACUGGACAACUUAGCUGGCCAGCUAGAGACUCUUGACCUGUCUGAGCUCAGUGAGAAGACCUGUGGUAGUCCUGCUGGCUCAGAGGCCUGUGCUGAUUCCCCAUGUGGAGGUCUGGGCUGUCUGGAUGCUGACGGAAAUAAGAAGUGCGGUGGAGAAGGAUGUCUCGGCCUCACCACGCUGGCCCAUAAUGCCUGGCAGAAAGCCAGGGACUUUGACCAGGACAUUGUCAGUGCUAUGGAAGAGGUUGACAAACUCUCCAAGAUGGUUUCUGAGGCAAAGUUGAAAGCGGACGAGGCCAAGUUAAACGCUCAAGAGGUUCUGCUGAAAACCAAUGAGACCAAACGGCGUGUGGACCACAGCAAUGAGGAGCUGCGCAGACUCAUCAAACAGAUCAGAGAUUUUCUCACUCAAGAGGGAGCCGAUCUGGAGAGCAUUGAGGCGGUAGCUAAUGAGGUGCUGCAGAUGCAGAUGCCCACCACUCCAGCCCAGCUGCAGAACCUGACAGCCGAGAUCCGGGAGCGUGUGGGCAGCCUGUCUGACGUGGAAGACAUCCUCAACCAGAGUGCUGCCGACAUCCAGAGAGCUGAGAAUCUGCUGGAACAGGCCCGCAAAGCCAGGAAAGAGGCAACAGAUGUGAGGAGCACAGCUGAGAUGGUGCAGGAAGCUCUGGAGCAGGCGGGGAAAGCUCAGACCACUGUGACAGAAGCUCUGAAGCAGGCCUCCAGUGACAUCAAAGGAACUCAGGAUCUCCUGGUGUCUGUGGAGUCAGAGACGGCUGAUUCAGAGUUCAAGCUGAGUAAUGCUACCCAGAGGCUACUGCGACUGGAGAGAGAUGUGGCUCUGCUGAAAGAGAAAGCUCUCAACACCUCCACCAGUGCUGAGAACACAGAAAAAGAUGCAGAAAGUGUCAACGAAAUGGCAGAGCGGAUCAAAAAGGAUCUGGACACAGAGCUCAAAGAUAAGUACAGUAGUGUGGAGGAGCUGAUCACUCAGAAGGCUCAGGGAGUGGCAGAUGCUAAGAAAAGGGCUGAGAUGCUUCAACAGGAAGCAAAAGAUCUGCUGCUGCAAGCUAGUGACAAACUACAGCUACUCAAAGAUUUGGAAAAAUCCUAUGAUGAAAACCAGAAGACACUAGAGGACAAGGCCAAUCAGCUGGUGGAUCUGGAGAAUGCUGUGAAAGAGCUGCUUCAAGAAAUCAGUCAGAAAGUUACUGUAUACAGCACCUGUCUGUUUUAACAAAAAACUCAUUAGGCAAUGAGACAAUCAAUGAUGUAUUAUUACAGCGAUAAACACAAGUAAUUUCCUGUACCAAGGUAGAAUGUAAGGUAGAUUUUAAAAUGUCAUACACCAAAACUUAAUGAAUGAAUGUGAAGUCAAAUGCCCCACAUGGCCAUGUGACUGCAAAGGCCUCUGCCAGGUACUUUCUAAAUUGAUUUGUUUCUAGUCAAAAGGUCUAUUCUUCUUUUUCUACACAUUUCUGGACCAAAUUGUAUUUGACAAUAAACCAAACAGACUUUUCAUGCAAGCA